AUGUUAGAAAAUCAGAAAUCGCAAAGACGUAAAAUUGGAUUUUUGGGUCAUCAAGUCAAGACAGGACACAUUAAACUCAAUCCGGAGAAUAUUCGAGCAUUGAUGGAAACACAAAUACCGACAACAGAAGAAGAAACUUGUAGAUUUCUUAAGGGCGGCGAAUAUUAUCGUAAUGAUGGAUUAUUGAUACCACUUUCAUAA